UUCCGACGUGCACCCCUCGCCGGGCAGUUUGAACUCUUUCCACGCCAUUAAACGUGAUUCGUCUCACUUCAUAACCACCAGCUCCUCGAUCCAAGCUCAGACUUUCCAAAUAAAGUCCAGCUGUGCGCGGCUGUGCGCCCUCAGUGCGUCACGCUGCUCCACAGGCUGCAGCGACCUGGAGGAGGAGGAGGAGGAGGCAGGAGGAGGAAGAAGAGGAGGAAGGAGAAGGAAAGAUGUCCGGUAUCAUGCUGCUGCUGUCGGUGUCGGUGAGUCUGUGUUUGCUGCGGGGAACCGGCGGCUCAGCCCGGAGCGAGGCGGUGAUCCUGCGGGACGCGCUGGAGCGAGGCCCGGCCAGUCUGAACGACAUGUUCCGAGAGGUGGAGGAGCUGAUGGAGGACACCCAGCACAUACUGGAGGAGGCAGUGGACCAGAUAACUACUGAGAGUUCCAAAUCGUCUCUAACGUCACCAGACCUGCAUCUCAGGACGGACCAGGAAACUAACAAUGAAACCGGAGACACUCGUUUCUCACACGUCGAUGAGGAGGUGUCCGGUCCAUGGAAUAGUGUGGAUCACGAAUGCAUGGUGGAUGAGGACUGUGGCGACCUGAGAUACUGUAUGUAUGAGAUCCAGAACUCCAGGUGCCUCCCCUGCAUUCCAACUGAUAUGCCGUGCCUUAAGGAUGAGGAGUGCUGCUCGGACCAGAUGUGUGUGUGGGGCCAGUGCACGGUCAACGCCACCCGAGGAACAGAGGGAACCAUCUGUCAGGGUCAGAGCGACUGCAGGACGGAUCUGUGCUGUGCCUUCCAACGAGAGCUGCUGUUUCCAGUGUGUAACCCCCACCCAGGGAAGGGGGAGUCCUGCCUGAACAACCCCAACCUGCUGAUGGAUAUGCUGGCCUGGGACGAGGAGGUGCCCCGCGACCACUGCCCCUGUGCCGACCAGCUCCAGUGCAGACCUCACGGACGUGGAUCUGUUUGCAAGGAGUAGAACUGGAGGAUGAAACACACGAGGGACUUAUAUCAAAUUACAAAACCCUUUCCUGAUGUUACUCCUCCUCACCUGAGGACUUUCCAGCUGAUCGAUACUCUACCAGAGUACAGGAUGUAGCUUCAGGGCAGAAUUGCACUGUUUUAUUUAUACCUUACUUUACAAUCUGUUCUUUUUAUUAUGAAGAAAAUAAAAGACUGUUUUUUGGUUUUAA